AUGUUGUACAAAUUUGUUGAAUUGUAUGAUCAAGUGUUGAAAGAUAUAAGGUUCACAGAAUCAGGACUCGACUACCAAACGAAGCACACAACUCCGAUUAUCAAAGGGGUCCUUUCAGGUGUGAAAACACAUGCUGCAACAGCGUACACAAGGAACUGGUACGAUAUGUUAUGCAAAGAGAUGAACUACGAGUCAUCGCAUAUUGUUGUGAAGUUUAAGCAGGAUAAGACACAUUUUGAUGGGGUAACUAAUAUUUAUUGGUUGAGUAAUACUGAGUACAUGAAAGCACAGUACAUUGUAAUACACAAUGCUAAGCUCCACAAGAUGUAUUGCUGCUGCAUGAAGUUGGAAUCUGUGGGCAUACCCUGUCGCCACAUGUUUGCUGUAAUGAAGUAUAGACACAUGACCGAGAUACCAAGGGGUUGUAUACUUCGAAGAUGGACGAAAUAUGCCAAGGCAGGCCUGUCUUAUGGUCACACACUGGACGAAUUUAAAGAGCAGACUGAUACUGCGUUGGUAGAUAGAUCUUACAACGGGUCAAUAUGGUUAAAGAAUGUUUUGUCAAAGGUAUUGAUUUCUCUGGAAAACCAUGAUGAGAAAGCAGAGGGAAUCCCAAAGAAAGCGACAUUGGUCGGAAUCGGUGAUCCCAAAGUUUUGCAAGCGGGCAGGGGACUUAAAAAGAAAGCCACAAAUCCACAAGAGUAA